CUUCAUUGAGGCUGCACUAAGCCAGACAGACUAGCAGCAUAUUUUUCUUCUGAAGAGCUCCUCCCUAAAACACGGCUACAGAUUGCUGCACAACAGACAAAGGCUCAUUUCCUUUUUUGUUUUGUUUUGUUUUAAUUUUGUUUAUCUUUAGUGGCCAGCAAAUAUGGAUGGUAUACAAACAAUUCUGAAAUUCCUUAUUAACCAGAAAACUGCCAUUGGCUAUAGUUUUAUGGCUCUACUGACAGUGGGAAGUGAACGCGCAUUUUCUGUUGUUGCUUUCAAGUGCCCCUGCAGCAGUGAAAACUUCACGUAUGGCUUGGUAUUUCUCUUUGCCCCAGCCUUGGUGUUGCUAGUCAUUGGGUAUUUCCUGAAUAGCAGGACCUGGAAACUCUUCACGGGUUGCUUUUUGAACCCCAGGAAAAUAUUCCCCAAAGGGAACAGCUGCCGUUUCUUUUAUGUCUUUGGACAAAUCACCUUACACGCCCUGAUAGCCCCAGUGAUGUGGCUUUCUGUGGCUUUGCUCAAUGGGACUUUUUAUGAAUGUGCCAUGAGUGGCUUACAAAAUCCUGGGUACUUAAAUGUGCUUUGCAAGAAUAAAUCUGUCAAGUGCUGGGAAGAGCUGUACAAAGUAGUCUGUGGCAAAACCACCAUGUCCUUUGCAGAGAGUGAGGAACUAAAACUGACACUUCAAGCACAGUCUCAGAUUCUGGGGUGGUUUGUGAUAGUCGCCACGGCUCUUUUAUCUCUGUUAACUACAUGCUGUGCCAGUUGCCAGUCCAAAAUCAGCCACCUCCAAAUGAAGUUCUGGAGGAUCUACAUAGAGAAGGAGAAAGAACAAUUGGAUCAAAUUUUUCAGCUCUACGCCACCAAGCUCAGUGAACGAAACCUGAAGAGUUUUUUUGAGACCAAAGAACCAGAAGCCUUUCCCAUGCCAACAUUUCAGGCAUGGGAAGACGCUUCUCAGCUUUAUUCUUUUAACAGUAGUGAACAGCAUUACAGCACCAUUCAUAGACUGGUUGAAGAUGGCCAAAAAGAUAUCAGAGAGGAAAGAGAGACCAUGCUGGAUUUUGUAGAUGGACGAGAAAUCCCAUAGUUGAUGGCUGUUUUCAGCCUUUUUAAUAGCUUGCCAACGUUGCAUAUUUUUAUUUGUUUUAAUACUUCUAUUUUGUUAAUAUUGGGAUCUAUUCCUCUGCGGUUAUUUUCUUUUUCCCCAAUUCCUCUUUCUAAUUAUAUGCCGGUUUAAGAAAUACAGUCAAAUAUAAUUUCUGUGCUUCAGAGUCCUAAUACAAAACUCACUGGUGUCAGUGACAAUAAUUCCAUUAACUUUAAUGGGUUUUUCAUCAGACACUAAAAACAUAAAGGACUCAGCAUAGAUUUCCAUGAGCUAGCUUGUGCAACAGACAAAGGGGACAAUUUUCUGUGUAAAAUAUAUAGCAUAUAGGUAUCACACAAAUAAAGGGAUUAUUGUAAGCUCAUAUAUUUUAAUAAUAUGUUAUUGUUAUAACAUGUAUUUUAAUAGUGCAUUGUUUCCCACUGGAAAUCUGGGAAGCUUCCCUUGCUAUGGCACGAGGGUUCCCAUUUAUAGCCAUGUCUGAUUCUCAGAUGCUAGGAAUUAAAUCUGUUGCUGCUCUAAGACUGCAAGAUGUGGUUUGUCUGGGACUUCAGCCAGCAUACGAUCAACAGUCUGAAAGGAAAUACCAUAUUUUGAGAGAAAAAAGGAAAUGCUUUUGUAUUGGGGUAAUUUGUUUAAGUUAUACUAGUGUCUAGCAAGCAGCUCACAAUUUUUAGAAUCAGCUUGGGCAGAGAUGAAUUUGCAGGCAGAGUGCAGGUGACAUGACCAUAGAACCAAGGUCUGUGAAAAAUGUAUUUUAUCACAUGACCCUGUAGUUUAUCACAAACCUGUGAGAUUCAUCCCAUGCAUGCUGCCACAAAGUUUUAUAGCUCCAGGUUUUUAAGACAUUAAAAAAUGGUAAAGGCAGCUACUAAGCUCCUUUGGGGUAAAUCCUUUGGGUAACUGGCAGACUUCUCCAUAGCUUUUUACCAUGAAUCUGCCUGACUGUAUAUCUACACAGAUCAAAAGUUAUUAAAUCAGAUUAUUUUAAAAAUG